AUGUCGGACGCCCGAGUGCCAGCUGCAAAGAGCGACAAGAAGCGCAGCUUUACCGUAGCAGAGAAGCUCAAGGUCGUGGCCGUAUGUAAGUCGCAGUCUCUGCGAUCUGCUGCGCGUCAAUUCAACGUCGACCGCAACUGCGUGCGCGCGUGGCGCGACAAAGAAGCAGAACUUCUGGCGCUGCACCCGACGGCCAAACGACGACCAGGUGCUGGACGACGACGACAACGGCGGUCGUCGGUCACUUCGUCGUCGUUGUCGAUUGUUGCACCAACAGAUGGUCAGCGCAAUGUGGACACGAUGAUAUCAGCCAAUGAGAAUCGAGCAGCCGUGCGCUCGGAGCAACAUUCGCCCAUUCAGUCAACAUUAGCAACAAUAACAACAGAUGGUGAUAAGUACGUGCUUGUAGGGUUCCAGGGCAAAGAAGGGGCGUUCUCGGAAGUAGCAGCAAAGACGGCGUUCGAAGAGCUCCGAUCGACCAAUCCAGACGCGUUGUUGCACGACGAGUUCAUGACAGUCGGAUUCCCCCACACAUCCGACGUCAUGGACGCCGUUGAGCGCAACGUCAUGACCUUUGGCGUCCUACCAGUGGAAAACUCGCUCUCGGGUACUUUUCACGGCAUUCUCGACCGCCUCGUUGCGUCUCAUUUGAAAAUUGUCGGAGAAGUCACGUACGUGCAAGAACUCUGUCUUUGUGCCUUACCCGGCGUCCAGCUGCACGAGAUUGAGACGCUGUCGUCGCAUCCAGCUGUUUUGGACCAUUGUGAGCGCUUUAUCUGUGCAAUGGAACGCUUAAGUGGCAGGAUCGUUGCUCGAAAUGCAGCCUGGGACAGUGCGGGAGCUUGUCAAGAUGUGAAGCAGCAAGAGAAGCGCCACGUUGCUGCUAUCGCGAGUGAACAAGCAGCUCUUGCUCAUGGACUGAUGGUGCUGGAGCGAAGUGUAGGCGACGAGCUCGAUAAUGAGACGAGAUAUAUGAUUUUGGGACGUUUGGAUGCGGCUCCAUUGCCACUGGGAACGACAACGACAACCACAACCAAGUCGAGUAUCGUGGUGGCGGUACCGAAUGAACCCCAGGCGCUGUUCAAGAUUGUGUCGGCUUUUGCUCUCCGGAAUGUGAUGAUUGUCAAGAUUGAGAGUCGUCCAGCAGCGACUGCAGGGCACCUCUUUUCAGCCCAGACGACGCACUGGGACUACAUUUUCUAUAUCGACUACAUGACAAGCCAAGAUAUGACGCAGGAAGCGAGAUUGCGAGCGAGUCUGGAAGAGUUUGCACUGUGGGUCAAAGAUUUGGGCACAUAUGCGAGCAGCAGCGGCAAAGCAUGCGUUGAACCUCCGCGUUGGACAGGCGUGUUGAACGCAAUUGCGUGCUGA